GAUCGGGGCGAAUGAGAAGUAGUUUAGUAGAUACAACUAUCAACUAUCAUGGAAAAGGAAUUUGAUGCAAAGCUCAGUUUUAAUUCUUCCAAUGGCGGCAACGAACAGAGAUCUAAGAACUUCUCUUUCAGGGCUCCACAAGAGAAUUUCACCGUCAAUGACUUUGAAAUGGGCAAGAUCUAUGGUGUGGGAUCUUAUUCCAAGGUUGUUCGAGCUAAGAAAAAGGACACGGGCAGGGUGUAUGCAUUAAAAAUCAUGGACAAAACGUUCAUAAAUAAAGAAAAUAAAGCAGCAUAUGUGAAUUUAGAGCGGAUUGUAUUAGAUCAGUUGGAUCAUCCUGGGAUUGUUAAGCUGUGUUUCACUUUUAAAGAUAACUUCUACUUGUACAUGGCACUUGAGUCCUGUGAAGGUGGAGAACUUUUUGACCAAAUAAUCAGGAAGAGCUGUUUAUCAGAGGAUGAAGCUCGAUUCUAUGCAGCAGAAGUUAUAGAGGCUCUGGAGUACAUACAUGGCAUGGGAGUGAUACAUCGAGAUAUUAAACCAGAGAACCUGCUACUGACUUCAGAUGGACAUAUUAAGAUUGUCGAUUUUGGUAGUGUGAAGCCCAUGGAAAAUAGUCGAGUUACAGUCCUCCCAAAUGCAGCAUCUGAUGACAAGGCUUGCACCUUUGUUGGCACAGCUGCUUAUGUGCCACCUGAAGUUCUAAAUUCUUCUCCAGCAACUUUUGGAAAUGAUCUUUGGGCACUGGGGUGCACUAUUUACCAGAUGCUUUCAGGAACUUCACCCUUCAAGGAUGAAAGCGAAUGGCUUAUUUAUGACAGAAUUGUUAAAAGAGAUAUCAGAUUCCCUGAUUGCUUCUCAAAUGAAGCGAGGGAUCUUAUAGACCAGUUGCUGCAUAUGGAUCCCAGAAAAAGAGCAGGUGAUAAUCGAGAUGGUUAUGCUUCUCUCAAGCAACAUCCCUUCUUUCGUGGAAUUGACUGGAAAAAUCUAAGGACUCAAACCCCUCCAAAGCUAGCUACAGAGAAACAUUCUCAUUCAAGUGACGGUGAAGAUGGUCAAACGGCUUGGAAUCCAUCACAUGUUGGUGAUGGUUCGAGCAAGCAGGUUGAAGGAGGUGGAGGAGGCUCUGCAUCACCUUCUGAGUACAGCAAUUUAACUCGGCUUGCUUCAAUUGACUCAUUUGAUUCAAAAUGGCAACAGUUCUUAGAACCUGGGGAAUCGGUUCUCAUGAUCUCAUCGGUGAAGAAACUUCAGAAACUAACGAACAAGAAAGUGCAACUUAUCCUUACUAAUAAGCCAAAGUUAAUCUAUGUCGAUCCUACAAAAUUUGUGGCUAAAGGGGAUAUACUCUGGUCUGACAAUCCUACUGAGCUUAAUAUCCAAGUCACGUCUACUUCACAUUUCAAGAUCUUCACUCCGAAGAGGGUUUUAUCAUUUGAGGACACAAAGCAGAGAGCUUCUCAAUGGAAGCAGGCUAUAGAGGCUGUUCAAAAUAGGUGAAGCGUAUAUCCUGUUAAUGAAGUUAUGCAUUCUUUUUUUAUGCAACAUUCUUGUAGAGGAACAAGUCAAAAAGUUCAUGCAGUUAUUGGUGGAAAGAGAUUAAUUAUUUUUUGCGGAAACAAGCCUUCGCAGUACAGUCCUAAGACACGAGAUUGUGGUCUUGACUCCAACUAUUGUAUACAACCGUUAAGAAUCACAGCUCUUGUAUUUGAAUCUAAACAUGUUUGAAGGCAAAGUGGGAAAGUAUGAUACAUCAUGGAUGCAAGCAAAACAGUUUUAUUUUAUGGCAAGUUCUCAGUUUUGACUA